AUGGGAGCUGAGAACAACGCGUACGCUGCGGGAGCUCGGCGGGUCCUUCGACCAUCCGAGAGGAGACAGAGUUGUACGACGGCAGCUGAGAAGAGGCCUCUACGGAACAGGAAGGAGGCCGAGCCAAGCCGCUCUACUCAGCUGGAGAAGGCAGGACGCCUACCAACUCCCACAGGGCCACAAGGGAGCAGAGAGGGGGGAGCUGGAACCUCAGGGACCUCCUCACUCCCAUGUGGCUACAGAGGGAGCCUGGCUGAACCGCAGGACUCUGCUCAGUCCCUCCUGGCACCCGAGGGCCCGAGGAGGCUGAGCCCAGAGCACCGGACAGGCCCAGCCCAUGAAAUGAUGGCGGAACUAUUAGUGUGGGGUGCCGGAUUAGGUGCACCAAACAGCUGCAAACCUCUUCAGAGCAAGCCAACAGGGCCACCUCCUCAACAGAUAGACGACUGGGAGGAACAAGGGCAGCCGGGCCUACCCCAAGUAUUGCUGACAUUCAGGGACGUGGCUGUGGACUUCACCCAGGAGGAGUGGCGCCUCUUGGAUCCUGGUCAGAAGGAGCUGUACAAGGAGGUCAUGUUGGAGAAUGCCCAGAAUGUGCUCUCUCUGGAUGGAGAGAGUAGGCUUGAAAUGAGAGAGAUUAUUGUGAAGCUCAGGGAAGAGUUACAACAGCAAAGAUUCAUGAAUGAUGAUCACUGUGACUUCAGUCUGAGAGAUAUCUGUGACUCUGAUUUCAAGAAAGAAAAAGCACAAAAGAUUCACUGUGAAUUUGAUAAAAAUAGAAAGAACAUCAGGCAGUAUUCCAUGUUAAUUCAUUGCAAGAAAAUGAUCUCAGGCAAUGACUAUUAUCAAGAUAGUAAAUAUAGGGAAUACUUUACUGAACAAGUGGAGUUUGUUGAGUCUCAAGAGAAGUAUCCUGUAUUACAAACCUAUAAAUAUCAUGACUAUGAGAUGACUUUCAACGUAAAAUCAGAACUAAUUGGACACCAGAAUAGUCAUGUUGGAGAAUUGUUUUAUACACAUAAUGCAAUUGAGAAGGCCUUCAGUCAUAAUUCAGAGCUCACUGACCACUGGAAAAUUCAUAAUGGAAAGAAAUGUUAUGAAUGUAAUGACUGUGGUAAAGCCUUUAAGAAACAGUCAUCGCUUAAUCACCAUCAAAAAAUUCAUACUAGCCAAAAGCUGCAUAAAUGUAUGCAAUGUGGAAAAACCUUCAAGAGACAGUCAUCUCUUAUUUCCCAUCAGAAGAUUCAUACUAGAGAGACAUCUUAUGAGUAUCAUGAAUGCAUUAAAACUUUCAGUGAAAAUGCAUACCUUGUUGUAUAUCAAAGAAGUCAUAUAGGAGAGAAACCUUAUGAAUGUAAUCAAUGUGGAAAGACUUUCAGAAUCAACUCCAGACUCACUCAACAUCAGAUAAUCCACACUGGAGAGAAACCUUAUGAGUGUAAUGAAUGUGGAAAGACUUUCACACGGAGGGACAGUCUUGUUCUACAUCAGAGAAUCCACACUGGAGAGAAGCCUUAUGAAUGUCAUCAAUGUGGAAAGAGUUUUAGGCUGAGCUCCAGUCUUACUGCACAUCAGAGAAUCCACACAGGAGAAAAACCUUAUGAAUGUAAUCAAUGUGGAAAGACUUUCACAAAGUCAUCCAAACUUGCUGAACAUAAGAGAAUCCACACUGGAGAAAAACCUUAUGCAUGUAAUCAAUGUGGAAAGACUUUCAGAUGCAGUUCUACUCUCGUUCAACAUCAGAGAAUCCACACUGGAGAAAAACCUUAUGAAUGUAAACAAUGUGGAAAGACUUUCACACAGAGCUCCACUCUUGCUCUACAUCAAAGAAUCCACACUGGAGAGAAACCUUAUGAAUGUAGACAAUGCGGAAAGGCUUUCAGAUUCAACUUCAUACUUGCCCUACAUCAGAGAAUCCAUACUGGAGAGAAACCCUAUGAAUGUGAAGACUGUAGCAAAACUUUUAGCUACCGCUCAUCUCUUAUUGUUCAUCAGAGAAUCCAUACUGGAGAGAAACCUUUUGAAUGUAAUCAAUGUGGAAAGACUUUCAGACAGAGCUCUAAACUUGCCCAACAUCAGAGAAUCCACAGUGGAGAGAAACCCUAUGAAUGUGAAGACUGUGGCAAAACUUUUAGCCACCGCUCAUCUCUUGUUGUUCAUCAAAGAAUCCACACUGGAGAGAAACCUUAUGAAUGUAAACAGUGUGGAAAGACUUUUAGAUACAAUUCUGGUCUUGUUAAACAUCAGAGAAUCCACAGUGGAGAGAAACCUUAUGAAUGUAAUCAAUGUGGAAAGGCUUUCAAAUGUAGCUCCAGUCUUAGUAAACAUAAGAUAAUCCACACUGGAAAGACACUCUAUGAAUGUGAUGACUGUGGCAAAACUUUUAAGGACUGCUCAUCUCUUGUUGUUCAUCAGACCAUCCACAGCAGAGCACAGUGGAUAGUGUUGCUACUGGAGCCAGAAGACUUGAACUCACAUUCAAUCUCUGACACUAGCUGUGUGAACCAGGGCAGCAGCUGCUGUGAGGUGCCAGAGGCAGCUGGACCUGAGUUGGAGGAAGCAGCGGCUGUUGCUGUUGGGGCUCUGGAGCAGCAGGGAUGGCCAGGAGAGGGAAUUCAUCUCCCGUGUUCUCCAAGCACGGUGUCUGGUCCUCAGUGUGUGGCUCUUGAUGAAACAUGGCGGUGGUUCAUUGAAAACCGUGGAGUGGUGGUGACAUUUAAAGAUGUGGCUGUGAACUUCACCCAGGAGGAGUGGCGCCUCUUGGACCCUGGUCAGAAGGAGUUGUACAAGGAGGUCAUGCUGGAGAAUGCCCAGAAUGUGCUUUCCCUGGGUAAGGAUCACUUUUCCUGGUAA